AAAAAAAAAGCUCGAAUUUCGCAGCAAGGCGAAAUCCUUAUUCGAUUUUAUUUCCACCUCUCUCACCACACCCAAUGGCAUCACCAACUGCUCCAAAACAAUUGGUAACGCAAUUUUUAGAUCAAGAGCAAUCUACCUCGCCUUCGAGGAUAGGGUUGAGUCCGAGCUCAUCCACUUCUUCAACCUCUUCAUUUAUCGAACGAAAUGAGCGUCCACCGGCUAUAUUGACAACUGCUCCGUCGCGAGCAUCCACUACAUUGGUUCGUUCCCCUCCCAGUGGAGGUGGAAGUCAAAGCAAUCGACAUACAGAACUACGCUCGCCAUCAAUGCCUUCCACUCCCACUCGCCAGCCGUCAUUCCCUGCAAACAUUUCCCAGUUGAGCCUGGACCGCUCCCCAUCUUCAGUACCUCCUCGACCAACAUCGCCGGUUAACUCGCCAAGCAUACACAAAUCUCUGAAUGCUCUUGAUGCCAAAAUGAUAACUCGCGAUAUAGAAAGAUCUAUCCAGCGCUCCACUUCAUCCAAAGAUCGCGAUGACUUAUUGAAUUCUCCUACCGGCAUGAUUAUACCAAAUUUCUCGUCUUUGAUCAACGAAAAUAACGAUGUCUGGCAGUUAUUAUGUAUACGAGUUCUACCUUUAUUUAAUGGAGAAGGUGUAAAUGGAGCCAUUGAGGAUUUAAACGAACUUUUCAGGCGAAGUCUUACGGAGCCAAUACCACCAACCUUACAUCGAGAUAUAGAAGCACUCCUACGGGACGGAAUGUUUACACUUAAUGCAAAGCUGUUUGGUGUGAGCGACGAAAAGCUUAUGGAUCGUUUAGUGGAACAAUGGUCAUUCUUCUUUGGCAACGUGUUACCCUACUUUGAAGCAACAUUCUUGCCACUACGAACUGAUGUUCGCUAUGCAUCUAUCGACGACAUGGAAUACUGGAACGUACGUAACAUGGCGCUUCAAAGCUUCCGUGACUAUGUUAUCUUACCAUUGAUAAAGCGGCUUGAGGGUAAAAUUGCUCACUAUGUUUUGGCUUCGUCCAUCAGCUCUCACUAACGCUUCUCUUAUAGACAUGUUUGAUAAAUUGUUUACCGACUUUGAAUCCU